UUGUUAUACUAGGUGUUGGGGGUGGUGGCCGUUGUUGGGCAAAGUGAGGUUAUUACCUCAUUAUCAUCAGCAUUUUAUUUGGAUUCUUCUUUAUAGAUGUCUCCUUGGUCCAGGUCAUGCUCUUUUCUCUUCUCCUUCCUCCCCUCCCUGCUCCUGCCCACCCAAUCUGUACAUGCAAUGAUUUGCUUUUGCUCUGGUUUGUCCUGUUGCAGCAGUUCCUGGUGCUGGACUGUAUGAGCACUUGGAUUCUGAUGGCAGGAGCAAUCCCUUUUUACCCUCUCAAAUCCCUGUUGUUAAUACCAAUGUAAUGUUCCCUGUGUGCUUGUAAGGGAGUUGUUGCUGACCUCUCUUACCAGUGCCUCUGCAGUGUUCUAUGGGAGCUAGCUUCCGUGACUCAGCCUUAUUCUAGCAUGGAUCACCCAACUGCACAUCUGUGCUGCAAUGACCCUGAGUUGUCUUGGAAGCUCUCUUUGAAGAUGUAUGGCCGAUACUACUCCAUACCCUCAGAAGCUGGAUAUUUGGUUUAUAAGUACUGAUAUGUUCCUGCUGAUCACAUCCCACCUGAAGUCAUAAUCUGUAGUGGCAUCAAAAUUGGUUGCUACGGAAUCAGUUGACAUGGAGAAAAUGUGUUUAAGAUGGUCCACCCAGAAGAUUUGUUACUUUGUGAAGAUCUUGCUUUUGACGAAUAUGUAAAUACCAUGACAACUUCAAAUUGAAUUAUUUUUCGUGAAAUCAAGACUCAUCUGUUGCCUUCAUCAGAAAUGUUUUUACCAUUUUCAAGAAAAAACAUGUCCCAGAAACUGAGUUUGUUGUUGCUGGUGUUUGGAUUCAUUUGGGGCUUGAUGUUGCUGCGCUAUACUUUUCAGCAUCCAAGGCACCAAACCAGUGCUGAAUUGCGUGAACAGAUACUAGACUUAAGUAAAAGAUAUGUGAAAGCACUGGCAGAAGAAAAUAAGAACAUAAUGAAUGGUGGUAAUGGAGCCUCAAUGGCAGGAUAUGCUGAUCUCAAAAGAACGAUUGCUGUUCUUCUGGAUGACAUCUUACAACGUCUGGUGAAACUGGAAAACAAAGUUGACUACAUUGUUGUGAAUGGCUCAGCAACAAAUACCACCAAUGGAACUAGUGGUAAUCUGGUGCCAGUAACUACAAGUAAACGUGUAAAUGCAGCAAGCAAUAUUAGAUAACAUACAAGAUCACCUUAUAUUGCUUUAUCUAUCAUCGAUUUGAUUGGAUUCAAGAAAAGCUUUUUACCUCUGGCUAGGCAAAGCAAUAGUUGACACUAACAUAUCGUACACUGUUCUGCUAUAGAAUGUGCUGAGUACAUGCAGUCCCAACUUCUGUACAUAAGGUUCUCAGAGGAUUAAUUUGUUGCUUUCAGAAAGUUCUGUUAAAGCAGUGCUGUACAAUAUCGUAUUUAAAGAUAUUCUGGUAACUUGGUUGAUGUAGUAUGCCAAAUGGGUGAUACUUUAUAAUGUUUGAAGUUAAACUAAAAUGGAAAAAUAUAUAUUCACUUGUAAAAUAUAUUUAUUUAAAUAAAAAUGUAACCUAUCUUUUGGAUAGAUUGAUUAUAUAGCUUAAUCAUUGUUUGUGUGAUUGGUUUUAAACAGGUAACUAAGGAUAAUGUAAUGUUAGAAGAUGUGUCUUUACAGUACAGUAUUUUGUUACUUAUUAAUUUGCUAGUGAUAUGUUGAAGAUAACAUUGAGAUGUUUUAAAAAUUGCAACCCAAAGAAUGUCUUUAUUUGCACUACCUGCUAGAAUAGCUAGAGAGAAUUUAUUGUAUAUUUAAAAAAAUCAAUUAUAAUGAAAAUCUUAGGUAGCAACACUGUCCAGAUAUCUUUGCUCCAGAAAUAGGUCAGUUAAAUUAUCAAAGGCAAAACAAUCUCUGAUAUCUUUCUAUGAAAUAGCUAUGUAUGAUAUUUGUGUGUGUAUUUUGUAACUUCAGAUAAGUUAUUUAAGAGAUGGAAGUCAGUUUUCAGAUAUGUGAAUAUUUGUAUUCAUUGCUGUUUCUUUUUAAUAUUUUAGUAUCUUGCAGUGUGUGACAAAUAUAGCACAUCAUCUUCUUAAGUUACUUUUUUAAACAGGAGGGAGUAGGUAAAUGAAGUUGAAGGGAAGCAGAGCAUCUUGGCAUAUACUAAAGAGAUGCAUGUGCUAAUGGUGUUUUAUGAGGGACAUAGGUGGGAGCUGAGGUUACGUUGCCUUAUAUCCACGUUAGCCUUACAGAAAUGAAAAUUGUAGUGAGGGUGCACUAUAUUUAAAAAUGUGCUUUCUGCAUCAUGAAUGCUAAAAUGAAAGUGCCAUUCAGUCCUAUGUUUUUUAAAACUAUAUUGAGUGGUUGGGGUUUUUUUUUUUUUAGAAUUAUGUUCAGGAAUUUUUGCUUGAAAUAUGCUGUGUAAUAGCUUUUCAAUAUUUUAUUAAAAAACAAAAACUGAAUAAGACCAGAAGUGCUGGAUGACAUAUGGUCUCACGGUUUUCUGCUUUUCUCCCCGAUGAUAGUCUGGACUGGUCUAGAGGAAAGUAGAAUAUAUAAAUAAAACUUGAGUUAGUGUCCAACUGUUUCUUAUUUUGUGUUUGAGAUACUGAGUGUAAACUUUUUUUUCCAGGAAGAAAGAAAAUAAAAUUGUAUUUGUGAAA